UAAGGUCAGUUGAAGGUUAUAUCUUCUGUGAGAAACCAGCAAAGCAAAGUUUUGGGUGCAAUAAAUUUUGUUUCUGUCUGUCAAUUUUUCCAAAAUAUUAAAUUAAAUAAAAAUUUAAUCAAAAUGGCAUUAAAUAAACUUAGUAUUGAAAAAUUGGAAAUAAAUGGCAAACGCGUUCUUAUGCGGGUUGAUUUUAAUGUUCCAAUCAAGGAUGGAAAAGUUGCUAGCAAUCAAAGAAUUGUUGCUGCAUUAGACAGUGUGAAAUUUGCACUGGAUAAGGGAGCAAAAUCUGUAGUCCUUAUGUCACAUUUAGGACGACCUGAUGGAAACAAAAAUGCAAAAUACACCUUAGCUCCUGUAGCAGAAGAGUUGAAAAAACUUUUAGGAAAGGAUAUUAUUUUCUUAAAUGACUGUGUUGGUGCCGAAGUUGAAGAAAAAUGCAAAGACCCAGCACCAGGAUCAGUAAUUCUUUUAGAAAACGUACGUUUUUAUGUUGAAGAAGAAGGUAAAGGUGUAGAUGCCAGUGGCAAUAAAAUAAAAGCUGACCCAGCCAAAGUAAAAGAUUUCCGUGCCAGUUUGGCAAAAUUGGGUGAUCUUUAUGUAAAUGACGCAUUUGGUACAGCUCAUCGAGCUCACAGCUCCAUGAUGGGUGAGGGAUAUAGCCAACGCGCUGCUGGUCUUUUAUUGAAUAAGGAAUUGAAAUAUUUUUCACAAGCUUUAGAUAAUCCACCAAAACCAUUUUUAGCUAUUUUGGGUGGGGCAAAAGUUGCUGAUAAAAUUCAACUAAUAGAAAAUAUGUUAGAUAAAGUACAUGAAAUGAUAAUUGGUGGCGGUAUGGCAUUUACCUUCUUAAAAGUUUUGAAUAACAUGAAAAUUGGUUCAUCGCUAUUCGAUGAAGAGGGUUCAAAAAUUGUUCAAAAUUUAGUUGACAAAGCAAAGAAAAAUAAUGUUCAGCUUCACUUGCCAGUUGAUUUUGUUUGUGGCGAUAAAUUUGCUGAAGAUGCUGCAGUUUCAGAGGCUACCGUUGAAUCUGGUAUUCCAGAUGGUCAUAUGGGUUUAGAUGUCGGACCUAAAACUCGUGCUGCCUUCGCAGAGCCUAUCAAGCGUGCCAAAAUUAUUGUCUGGAAUGGACCACCUGGUGUAUUUGAAUUCCCCAAUUUUGCAAACGGUACAAAAGCUAUUAUGGAUGCUGUUGUAGAAGCUACAAAAGGUGGUUGUGUAUCAAUUAUUGGUGGUGGUGAUACCGCAUCAUGUUGCGCCAAAUGGAAUACUGAAUCUGCUGUUUCUCAUGUUUCAACUGGUGGUGGCGCAUCAUUGGAGUUGUUAGAAGGUAAAGUUUUACCUGGUGUAGCUGCCUUAUCAGACGCCUAAUCAUGAUAAAUUAAAUUUCAAAUGACAUGUGUUAUAUUACAUCUAAUUAGAACUUAAGCCCUAAAGUUACGAUAACUUUCACUGUGUUUAUAUAAAAUAUUCAUUGUAAAUUAUUAGAAACCGAAUAUAUUGUUUAUUUUAAACAAAUAAAAGAAUUUCAAGUUUCAAUACCA